CAUUCCUCAUUCCUAUGAAUGAUAUUGUUGAGAGAUAGCAUACAUAUAUCAUACGAAUGUAUUUGGUAUGUAGGAAGUCUAAAUGACAGAUCUCUUUUCUUAUUUAUAACCUCCUUCUCAUACACGUUGACUUCCCAAUAUACCACUUCAUUCAUUUGUCUAUCCACAAUCCUCUUCUUCCAACCAAGCUUUUGUAUCUGUCCCUCCUUAAACAUCUUCCAAAGCUGCUAGGUAUUUGAACAAUGACUACACCAGACAUCAUGUCAAACAAUACCCCUCCACCACCAAGAGCUCAACAAUCAACCAUUCGAUCGUUUUUCCAACCAAAGCAACCUACAUACACUCCACCACCAGGGACAUCACCAAUCACAACUUCAAAUAACAAUGAGAAUGGAAAUCCAAAUGCAAGACAAGAGAUACAUCCACCUCAACCUGCAUCAGGUCCACCAAAUUCUACCAGUAUCUCUCCACCAAAAUCGGUAACUACCGCUACCCCCGACUCUAUAGAAUCUUCAAAAAAGCUUCCUCAAGGUUAUAAAAUCGAAAUCCCACAAGAUCAUCAUAUACAACCUCUACGUCGCAUCAACGCUUUACUCCUUCCAAUCGCAUACCCCGAUGCAUUCUACCAUGCUAUUACAUCUCCUCCUCCUGCGUCAAUACCAAUACCUCUCUCUUUCUCAAGAGUAGUUACAUACACAUCAUCAGAACCCAACUCUGAGCCAAAAGUAGUUGGUUCUAUAAUCUGUCGAAUCGAUCCUUCUCCUCCAUCCUCUCCGAAUGCUCAGCCGCCGGCAGAUACAUAUAGUAUAUAUCUACAAUCUCUCACUCUACUCUCACCCUACCGUAGCCUCGGUCUCGCAACCGCUCUCCUAAAUUCCGUUAUUGAAUCCGCUACAUCUACUCGAAUACCUCUCGGAGUUAAAAUAGAAGGAUUAUACGCACACGUAUGGGUUGAGAAUCAAGAAGCAUUAGAAUGGUAUAACAAACGAGGAUUCGAAAAGGGUGAAUUGAUUGAGGGAUAUUAUAGGAGAUUGCGACCACAGGAAGCAUGGGUACUCCGACGCAGAUUUUCGGUUCAAGAUCAUAUUUCUAGACAAACACAAGCACAAGCAAAUCUUAGCCCAACACUAAAUUUAAUCGGAAGCGUGAGUGCGAAAUCAACACCUCCUCCUCCAACAGCAACAGGGACAACAAGACCACCCCCAUCCAAACAUGCAGCAUCAUUUCAAGAUCGCAGACCAGAUAGAGAAUGGAAUGAUUUGCCUGAAGAGGUAUUUUUAAGACCUAGAGGACAGGGAGAAGAUCAAAGUAAAGAGAGUUCGAGGAGUAGUAGUCGAAGUGGGGGUGAGGGAAAGAGUGGGAAGAAGAAGAGAAGUUAUCCUGCUGCUGCUUUUGGGGAUGUUUAGGUGAUUUGGGGUGGGCAUGUCUUUGGAUUGAUGAUCUGAGAGUUGGGGGGUUGAGAGAAAGUAAUAGAUUAAGCAUGCGAGCGAAGAAGAGAGAAAAAUUUGAUAUCUGGGAGUUUUGGGAGCCUCGAACUAGAUAAUAGAUGGACAGGAAUAGAGAGCAAAUGGAAAUAAAAUAGAAAACCAACAGAAGAGAACAGGAAACAACAGAACCAAACUUGAUCUCGGGAAACGCAGAGUCGACAACACAAGGAAAUCAGGAGUUGGGAUCAGGAAACACGCAAUUAGAGUAUUAUUCCACAGAUCAGAUAUUUGGUUGAGUAGAACCGGAUAUAUACUCGAGUUUACAUUACAUAGAUGGAUGGAUAUAUGUAGGAUAGAUAUUCCAAAUUCGAACAUUCUGAUCGAUAAACUUUUAAACUUUUGGGUAUUUGGAUAUUUGAAUUGUUGUAUGGAUUGGUGGAUGUAUGAAUAUAUAUAUGAAGUGAAGUGAAGUAAAGUAA